CACAGUGUGGAAAAUGGUGGUUGGACAGUGAUACACCGACGUUUCGAUGGCAAAUUGAACUUCAACCGAAAUUGGGAUGAAUAUCGGCGAGGAUUUGGAAAUCUGCAAAGUGAAUACUGGUUGGGAUUGGAAAAGAUGCACCAGAUCACUCGAAAUAAUAACUACGAGCUGCUGGUGGUUUUGACAAGCUUCAAAGGUACGACGAAAAGUGCUCGUUACAAUCGAUUCAUGGUGGGUAGUGAGUUUGAAAAUUACAAACUCACCGUAGGUCAAUUCAUAAGUGGAGAUGCUGGUGAUAGUUUAUCUUACCAUGAUGGACUUAUGUUUAGCACUAUGGAUCGGGAUAACGAUAGAGAUAAAGGAAGUUGUGCAAAAACCUAUAAGGGUGGUUGGUGGUUUAAGGAUUGUUAUCGCGUAAACCUUACCGGAGAACACGUGGAAGAAAGCAAUAGCUCUAUGUCCUGGCUUUCGUUUUUAGAUUCAUACGUUCGCUUAAAAGAGGCACGUAUGUUGAUUAGAAGAAUUUAGAGGAUAGUU